AUGUUGUUGAUAAACAGAAUAAAUAGUAAUAACAGCAAUAGCCGUAGCCAAAACUAUAAGGAGAAAAACCUACCUGGCAAAAACAGUCAUUUUCGUAAAAACUCAACUGCUUACACCUUGGAUUCUCCUUCUUCCUCAUCAGUCGCCACCAACGAGAUCACUGAUGGUGUAACAGCAGAUGCAGCUGCUACAGCAACCCCAACAUCAGUGACUUCUUCAUCACUUCCACUCCUAGGCAGAUCUCCGAGUUUGAAAAAGAACAACAGUGAUGCCACCACAGGUGAUAAAAAGUCUAAAUUCAGCUUGCAGGGCUUGUUUAGGAAAAGAGCAAACUCAACUUCAGCACAAAAAGAACAACCAGUUGAAAAAGAGGAAGAAGAACAAGGAAUACAACAAUAUAAUGAAUCUACAUCACUACCUUCCCCAACAGAUGCCACAUUUCCAUACAACUCGAGUGUAUUGACUACACCUAUACAACAACAAUCAUGCACUUCAAACUCACCAGCAGUUACACCCCACAGCAUAAUGGAUAACACAAAUCACAUCACUAUAAUACGAAGCAUAGAGGAAGAAGAAGAAGCUGCCUCUAAUGACCAUGUGACUAUUGAAGAAGAAGAAGAAGCAGAAGACGACGACUACAACAACGAAACACAACCAUUUUCGUUUGACUCAACCAAUGCAUGUUUCACUACCACCAAUUUAGCACCAGUUCCUAGAUCAGCAUUGUUUUCGCCUUCACCUGGUUACAUUUCCCACCAAGGAACAAUGGCUACACCAAAACCAACACACCCACAAUCUGGAUCUGAUCAUGAGAGAUAUACCUCAUUCACGGCCGACUGCGUUUCAUUGCAAAACAGUGAAAUGAGCACAGCCAUGGAUUUGGAUUCAGAUACAAUGAUUGUCAAUGCAUCUGACUACAGAGUUGAUAAUGAACAGGAGACGAAAACAAGAUUAAACCCAGGUAAGCAAAGAAGCAGUAUAACGAAAAAUCCCAAAGAUACAACCACGCGGCCUUCAAUAACGACAAGACCAUCAGCACCAAAGAGGAACCUAAAGAGUAUAUUACGAAUUGGUUCCUUUUCGGGUAAUCACAAUAUACGUACUACAAACCCCCACAAGGAUGCUGUAGCCACAAAGGUAUCUACACCAACUACUUCAACUUCAACUGCAACUGCAGGACAGAAUCAAACCGAGUUUAGUUUUGAAAAUGAUGAUGAAGAGGAUGAAUACUGCUCCGAAUCAGAACUUCAAGAAUCUCAAUCUGAUUUAGAUUUCGAUCCAAAACAUGAAGAAAGUGAACAAGACUAUAAAUUCGGUGGGUAUCAUCCAGUUUGUAAAGGAGAUGUUUAUUUUAGUCGCAAAUUGCCCAAUCGUGAAUAUGUCAUUUUGCGUAAAUUGGGUUGGGGCCAUUUCUCAACUGUUUGGCUUGCCAAAUCUAGAAUUUCGACAAUUGGUAACGGAUCCAGUUCUAUUCACUCAUCAACAUCAUUACAUAGCAACGAGGACUAUAAUGAGUAUUUCGUUGCUAUCAAAUUUGUCAAAUCCAACAAGAAUUAUAAAGAAGCAGCACGCGAUGAAAUCAAAAUUUUACAAACCUUGCAGGAUCCCGUGAAUAAUCAUGCGCAUUUACCAGUUGAAAAUGUGAGCUAUUUUGACAAUCAUCCACCAAAACAACACCCGGGUUAUAAGCAUCUCAUGAAGUUGCUUGAUGACUUUGAAAUUGCCGGUCCUAAUGGUAAUCAUAUUUGUAUGGUGUUUGAAAUUCUUGGUGAAAAUGUCUUGAAUUUGAUCUACAAGUAUAAAAAGUUUUAUAGACAUGUGGAUGAAGAGAUAAAGCGAAAGAAUGUUGAAGGCGAUGAGGCAAAGCAAGGGCAAGGUCAACUGCAAUUGCAACCACAGCAAAAGUCCGAGCAAGUUCAACCAGGAAUGAAGUUUGGUAAAUGGGAUAAUAAAUAUUUCAAACGUAAUACCAAAUCUAAACUCAGUUUAGGCUUGACAAAAAAAGACAUAUGUGAUUCAACAAUUGCUCCACCUUCGACCGCAUCAACAAUAUCAUCAUCAUCAACUACUGUAUCACCAAUUGAAACAGUGAUGGAAGCUAGCGAAGAUAUUGAUUCUUCAAUGACUACUGCUGCUACUGGUGCCACUGGAACGGGAAUUGGGUUUGGAUUUGGGCUUGGUGCCAGUGGCAUCACUCAGUCCAUUAAAUUAGCAUCAACUGAUCCAUGGCAUAAUUCAAUGGAAAAGAAACUCAAGGCAAUGAGUUCUGAUUCAUUGGUUAAGCUUAUCAAGACUUCGCAUAGUGUGGGCGGUAUUCCAUUACCAAUAGUGAAAACUAUUGUUAAACAAUUGUUAUUGGCAGUUGAUUAUAUGCAUCAUUGUGGAAUCAUUCAUACUGAUUUGAAACCCGAGAAUAUUUUAAUUGAUAUUGACGAUAUCAAUAAGGUAAUACGCCUGAUUGAAGAUGAAAAAGUGGCAAAAGCAAGAGCCAGCAAUUCGUCAUUGAGUCGUGCUGCUUCAUUGAUCAAACGAGGAUCUUUUAGUAAACCCAAUUUACUCCAACAAACACUGAGUUUUGCUGCACUUCAGCAAGCACCACCGGCCACCGUGACGGAGCAUCCGGAAAACGUGGAGCAAGAACAACAGCACUCACCUCAGCAUCAAUAUCAGCAAUCGCUGACUGAACAAAAACCUCGCCAAGAAUCAACCACAUCAAUAACAUCCUCACACUCAUCCAACUUUUACUACAAGAGGCUGAAAAACUCCAUCCUGGGUAAAUACGAUUCACCAAUUCGGUCAUCAAAGCCACUUUCAUCGGCAUCAACAUCAUCGGAUAUCUUUUUCAAGGAUGUCGAUUUUGAUAAAGCUCGUCGUUCAUCAGUGUCUAAAGCUAUAAGCCCCAAGAAUUUCUCCCUAUUUGAUCUUGGAAGAAAAUCAACUACCAGCAGCAACACUUCACUACUCAAGCCCAAUAGUAUCAAUCAAGACAAUAUCUCCAUCAAGAUUGCUGAUUUGGGUAAUGCCACAUACACCAAUGAACACUUCACCAAUCAAAUUCAAACGCGCCAAUACCGGUCACCAGAAAUCAUUCUCAAGUAUAAAUCAUGGGGUUCAUCAACUGAUUUAUGGAGCAUUGGAUGUAUAAUUUUCGAAUUGAUCACGGGCGAUUUCUUGUUUGAUCCUCAUGACGGCAAGUUUUUCGAUAAGGAUGAAGAUCAUUUAGCCCAGAUUGUUGAGUUAUUGGGCCGAUUUCCUCUGGAUGAAUAUCUCGUUGAUUGCAAAUUAACCGGUAAAUUUUUCAAAUUACAUCCAGAAAAUCAUCGUCAAAUAAUUUUCAAGAAUAUUGAUAAUUUAAAAUACUGGGGAUUGGAAGAAGUUUUGGUUGAGAAAUAUAAAUUUCCCGCUGGAGAUCCUCAAGUCAAAUUGAUUUGUGACUUGAUUUUGAAAUGCUUGACUUUUGAUUUGGACCAACGUUAUGACGCCCGAAGCUUGUUGAAACAUCCAUGGUUUUGCAGUGGUGGAAAUAGUGAUGCUGAUGAUGAUGGGAGGAACGAUGAGUGUAAAGUUGACGAAGAGAUGUUGAAGAAUUUGCCCAAUGUACAUAAUGACUUACCGGGAUAUACAUGUGAAGCAUAA